GCAGCAGAAGGCGAAGCCUCGGCGGUGUCAAUAAUACAAUAGGGUCCUUGUGGCUGGGAAGGCUGGGAGCACGGGGAGCCCAGGCCCGGAGAGGAGAUGGAGGCCGUGGAGUAGCCGCCUUCCCCGGCUUCCCCAGAAGCUCUCAAGCUGAUGCAAGUGACUGGCCAAAGAUUUAUGGCUCGUUGGGGACUUCAGUCUGAAUCUUCCAAGUCCCUCUUCCCAUUAAGCCAAGAGCAUGUUGCUUACUUAAGAGUCAUGGGUGUCUGAGUUUUCCAUUCCACAGUGCUGGCAGAAAAGGAGCCAUGGAGUGAUGUGGAACUGUUCUUCACUUUGCAGACUGUAAUGAACGGGGGAAAACUGACAAGGAUUAGGCAGAACUUGGUGGUGGUUGGUGGACAUAAAAAUACCAGAGACCUGGAGUUGACUGGGAAGGUUCUGCCAUUUCAGCUCUUCUGCUCCGUUGAGAAAGAGUCUCUGCAAAAGCUUCCAAGAUGCGUCAGGAUGAAACGACACAGGCAUUUAAGCAGCAGUGACAGUUCAGACAAUGAAAGUCCUUCCACUUCUUUCUCCUUUUGUUCUAAGUACAGAAGCAAAUCAAAAACUCCAGCAAAUGAACAAAAGAAACCUGCUGAGGUGUUUCGAAAGGAUCUUAUUAGUGCCAUGAAGCUGCCAGAUUCUCAUCAUAUUAACCCAGACGAAUAUUACCUUUUUACGGAUACAUGGAAACAAGAAUGGGAAAAAGGUGUGCAAGUCCCAGCCAGUCCAGACACUAUUCCUCAACCCUCUCUCAGAGUUGUAGCGGAAAAAGUAAAGCAAGUCCUAUAUACACGGCCUAGAAAGUACAUUCGUUGUUCCAGCCAAGAAUCCUCCGAACCUGGCUAUAUCAACAUUCUAGAACUGGCAGAAUCAAUGUGUCGUUAUGACUUGGAUGACAUGGACAUCUUUUGGCUCCAGGAAGUAAAUGAGGAGCUUGCUGAAAUGGGAUGUGGGCAGCUUGAUGAAAACACAAUGGAGAAAAUGGUAGAAGUUCUUGAGCGUCAUUGUCAUGAGAAUAUGAACCAUGCCAUUGAGACAGAGGAAGGGUUGGGUAUAGAAUAUGAUGAAGACGUCAUCUGUGAUGUAUGUCGAUCCCCUGACAGUGAAGAAGGGAAUGAUAUGGUUUUCUGUGACAAAUGUAAUAUCUGUGUGCAUCAGGCAUGCUAUGGCAUCCUAAAAGUUCCUGAAGGGAGCUGGUUGUGCCGUACUUGCGUUCUAGGUAUACAUCCUCAGUGUCUCUUAUGUCCGAAGAGAGGUGGAGCCAUGAAAGCGACAAGAACGGGAACCAAGUGGGCGCAUGUUAGCUGUGCUCUCUGGAUCCCAGAGGUAAGCAUUGCUUGCCCAGAAAGGAUGGAACCAAUUACAAAAGUGUCCCACAUUCCACCAAGUAGGUGGGCUUUAGUUUGCAGUUUAUGCAAACUGAAAACUGGUGCUUGUAUUCAGUGCUCUGUGAAGAGCUGCAUUACUGCCUUUCAUGUCACAUGUGCCUUUGAGCAUAGCCUAGAGAUGAAAACAAUCCUGGAUGAUGGUGAUGAAGUCAAAUUCAAGUCAUAUUGUCUCAAACAUAGUAAAAAUAAGCAGGGCCUUGUGCCUGAGACAGAUGUCAACCCCAAGAACACUAUAGACCAAAAGCAGACAGAGAGCGAGAAGACCAGUUUGCGUGCUCAGAAGCUCCGGGAACUGGAGGAGGAGUUCUAUUCUCUUGUGAGAAUAGAUGACGUUGCAGCAGAGCUUGGCCUCCCCAAACUCACUGUGGACUUGAUCUAUAAUUACUGGAAACUAAAGCGGAAAAGUAACUUGAAUAAACCCUUAUUUCCUCCCAAGGAGGAUGAAGAAAAUGGCUUGAUUCAGCCAAAAGAAGAUAGCAUUCAUACUCGAAUGAGGAUGUUCAUGCACCUGAGGCAAGAUCUAGAGAGGGUAAGGAAUCUUUGCUACAUGGUGAGCAGAAGAGAGAAGUUAAAACUUUCUCACAGCAAAGCACAUGAGCAAGUUUUCAAUUUGCAAGUCCAGCUUAUUAAUCAGGAAAUCGCUGCAGGCCAUUCUCUGACAACUGCACUAGAGAACACACUGUUUUAUCCACCUCCUAGAAUUACCUUGAAGCUAAAGAUGCCAAAAUCAACAUUGGGGGAUUCCAAAAAUAACUUGAAAUCUGGUAACAAACUGCUUUCCCCUGACAACAAUGCCACCUUUUGUAGCAGAAAAGGUGUUGCACUAUCCAAGGAGACUUUUUCUUCAAAUGUGAAAUCCUACUCAAAGUUUCAGCAUGAAAAUAGAAGUAAUGGCUUACUGGGAGGGAUUGUGAAGUCCAGGAAUGAAACAAAGGAUUCUAGACCUGCACAUUCAAUAGACCUCCAUCGUGGGCAAUCGUCUGGCAAACCCUUAGCACUUCAAGCUGCACUGCAUGGACAAUCUGCCAUUGGGAAUGGAAAGAUCCAGCAGAACUCCAAACAAGUAAAGUCUAAUGGCUUAAUGAGUCGAGUUGGAGAUGUCAUUCAGCGAGAUAGCUCUAGUCAAACAACGUAUGAGCAACAAUCAGUCCACUUGUCAAGCCAGAGCAGCUUUAAAAAAUCCACAAUAGAACACUUUAGCAGGUCCUUCAAAGAAGCCACCAACAGUUUAGUGAGGACCACAGAAGAUCUCAGGUGUUGUGAGAAGCCCUCAAGGAGAUUUUCAUUGAGAGAACGUUCAUGGGGCAAACAGACUCUGGAAUACCAGAUGGGGAGUGCUCCCUACCAGGACAAUGAUGGGUAUUGCCCUGACUUAGAACUCAGUGACUCUGAAGCUGAGGGUGAUGGGAAUAAAGGACAGAUCAGACUGAGAAAAAGCGGCUCAGAGCAAGCGAGCCCAAGUAAAGACUUCAGUAGAGACUGUCACAAUAGAAAUAAAAGAAAUUUAAUUUCUCACAGUUCAAUACAAAGCUGAUUAGAAAACUUCUGGCACUGUGGAAUAGCUUGGCCUUUAUGUAUCCAAGAGAAGAGACACAGAUCUUGGAGAUCUGCAGGUUCCUGAACACAUGUGCAGGGCUCCCAAGCAAAUGACCAGGAGGCUUUUUCCAAACAGUUAAUUGGUUUGUCCUUUUGUGAAGAUUGUUAAUUGGGGUUUUCCAAGGUCAUUAUGUUCAUUGUCACUUCCAGAAAUGGUUUUAUAUGUCUGCUUCCUUUUACAGAAUGUAUGUAAUAUGCUGAUCUUGUUCUGCUGAACAGGUGUUUUAAAAGCCAUUCUAUCAUUCUCUGACAAUCUCCAAAAAAAGGAGGAGACAAUACUCUUUGCAGCGCUAAUAGAAUCUCACUUCAUUAGAACACUUACGCAGUGUUGGGAGAUUGUACAAGUGUGCAAAUAUGUGUUUAAAAUUGGGGUGUUUCUGCAAAUGUUGUUGUUGUUUUGAAACGGAAGGUAUGUGACUACUAGGCAGAAAUCAUGUUCUCAAGAAGGAACAGUCUGAUCCUGAAUACUUGGAGGUAAGGCCUAUUUUAACUCAGUGGGACGUGCCUCAAAGUAAUGUUGGGCAUAAGUAAUUGCUUCUCCUAAUUUACAGAGGAACGUUUAUAAACUUCACAGUCAAUGCUGCCAAACACACUGACCUCUAGAUUUCCCCCCAUUACUAACUUGUUUCUCUUCACUGUCGCCAUUUGCUUUAUUCUGUAAAUAAUACUUUAACCUCUGCUAUUUCUAAAUCGUUUUUAAAUCCCUGUGUACAUAAUAGCUUGUUGUGGGUUGCACUUGUAAAAUAUUUUACUCAGCCAGCCAACACAUGGCUAUGUGCAUAAUGUUUAAUACUAGAUGUACUUAAUCUCUAACAUAUUCAGGCAAUCACCGGUGAUGCUAGAUUCUUCCUUGUAAACUCAGAAGGCUUUUAAAAAAUCUUGGUCCCAUAAAAUCAUCUGCAUUUCCCCUUCAACCUAAAACAUACUUUUUUUUUCAGCUAGCAAAUAUUUCAGCAAAUUUCUGAGCCAAAAUGUGAAAAAUCAUUGUAUGCAUAAAGAGCAAUUUGCUGCUUAAACAGUCAAAAAUGGUAAAAUGAAAUAUUUUUAUUGAUAAUAGCUUGAAAACUGUUUGGGCCACUUUAUUGUUUAACUAGAUUUUUUUUAAAAAAAGCUUUGUAGUAGAUGUUUUAAAACGCACACACCAGCUUCAUGCAAGUAAUACUCUUGUUCUUUUCAACACAUCUUUUUUCUUAAACAAUUUGUUCAAAAAUAAGUUCAUUAAUACAAUCAUCGCAGUUUCCUUUGUUGAUAAAAUGCAUUAUAUGAUGCAAACAUAAAUGAGGUAAAUUUGAGUUCUAAUGGGUAACAUAAAAGAUGUUUUCCUUUAAAACAUUAAUACUGUUGCAUUUAUCUGGAAAGAAUACAUUCUUGAAGAGAAAACGUUGAAGGAUGUAAAAGAAAAUUUCACAUUUCUAGAUACAGUACUUCACUUUAGGCAUUCUUAAUGUUUAUUUGCUCCUUUUUAUGUUUUGUUCUUUUUUGGAAGAGAUUUAUUUUAAGAUUUUCUUUGGUGUAAAUAUGCAGUAGUUUUUAAAAAGUUUUUUAAAAGUUUGUUGAAAAAAAUGGUUUGUCUUUAAGUUGUGAGCCAUUCAGAAUGGUGCUGAUCAUUAUCUAUACAUUGGUUCUAGUUCUCUUUUUAACAUAUAUUUAUUAUUAACACUUCUCCUGGUUGUGAAAUCAAACACAGUUGAACCUGGGAACAAUUAUUUCAUUGGCCAGGAGAAAACACAAUCAUGUUUUUAUACUCAGUGGUAUGAGGACAAGUUAAAAGCUGGAAAAUGGUGCUUCAGCAAGAUUUGCUAAUCUAAUAGUGAUGAUUAAAAUAUAUAAGUUCAGGCAAUAGUUUUUGUUUUGUUAGUUUUAAAUGAUUUUAAUAGAUACAUGAAGGAGGCUUUGGCUACAUAGCUUUCAAGUAUCAUUCUCCAAAGUAUAUUUGCUAGAUUUUUACAGUGUGUUCAGUGGCUAACUUUGAAGUAUUACCUCUUAACCUAAUUUGUUCUCUUGUUUUACUUUAUAUUAAAUAUAUAUAUACAUAUAUAUAUUCAAAUUUUCAAAAAUGGACUGUCUUUUUCAGACGUCCACUUUUUACAAUACCUUUUUCAUUAAAUUAUGGAACUGUUAACCAUACCUUCUUUAUUGUGAUCUUUUGAAGGGUAUAUUGUGAGAAGACUGCAAAACCAACUCUUGAUAAGAGUUGAGUAUUCUUAAUCUUUUCAGGACUCAUAGAAUUCCUCUACUGAGAAUACAUGGGAUAAUCCAGCCAUGUAUGUGUAAGUUGCACACAGGAGAAUAUACAUGAAUGUGGAAAUAAAUGUUUCAUGUAGGAGUUUGAUAAUGUAUAAAUCUGUGUUGGGAUUUCCACAGUGUGGGUGCCACUACCAAGAACGUUCGAUGAUACUGGAUUCCCAUCAAGCGCAUAUCUCCAAAGGUGGUGAAACACAAAAGCAGACCCUCAGAUGUAGAACAUGCAUUGGGGAGGCAGGGAGGGAGGAGGAGGUCGCUGAGAUAACCUUGCUGCAAACCUUUUAGGGAUUUACAAGUAAUAAUUAACACCUUGAAUUCUGACCAGGAACAGACUAGUUGAACUGAGUUUGUUAAAGUCACACACAACAAAUAAUUUUGGUUUGAAUUGCCUACAAAUUAAUCUGUAAUUAGUGCACCAUUUUUUAAAAGAUGCAUACAGAAUUAUUAUUGCUAAGCAGUAUGCAAAUGGACUGCAUGUGACUCCCCAUGGCCAUUUUUGACAAACUAUCCCACCCCCUUUUUUGAUGUCUUUACUACAAUUGACUUCAGUUGCUUUCUGUUUUAAAGGUUUUAUCUCCUGGACUGAAAAUAAGCCAGGGCAAAAAUACAGGAUUGGGAUGGUCCUAGUUCUGUUCCCGGUUGCAUCCAAUUCACCAGUGGCAGACAGCAAAUGCUCUAGAGACAUUCUCCCCAUAAAAUUUUUAGAUUGUUUCCUUCUCCUGUGAUUUCAUUGUUGCCUAGGAUUCUAGACCUCGGGUAGUUGCUUACCCCUGAGCUAAAGCAAAAAGAGAAGUUGGUUUGCCUAUUUCAGGUUCAAGUAGCCAAAUAAGGUUUUGAUACUGCCAGAUAUUGUUCUGAAAUAUAUCAACUAAUUGAUCACUUGUGUUUUGAUAUCUCUUUAUCUUAGUUACUGCUACG